UUUGAAAAGGCUGUGCCGGAAGUGGUGUGGGACUCGGACUCUUGAUGCCUUCACUUCAGAGUCAAGGAGAGAAAUAUUUACAGACGGACGGUUAGGAGCUCCCUCUUGGACCCGAGCCUCCUGAACCCGCUAACGGAACCGGGACCUGGUGCUAAAAGGGUCGAACCUGGACCGGUCCGGACCAGAACUGUAGCUAAGCUUUUGCGGGGAGGAGCUGGAAUGGCUCGACCGAGGAAAAAAACCUCUGCUGGAAGUUCAGAGUGAAGAAGACCAGAGGAGAGACCAACCACACAAACUGCUGACAGAGGAGGAGGAGGAGGAGGAAGAGGAGGUGACCUUUAUUCGGACAAAGAAGGAGAAAGUCAUGAUGGGUGGAGGAGUAAAGCUGUUGGAGAUCUUCUGCCUCCUGCUGCUGAGCGGAAACUGCUGACUGUCCCUCGACCAAUAGGAGGCAGGCUGAGGAGGGACUUGGAGGGAAGACCACCUGAACAGGUGUCGUACAUCAUCGGUGUGAAUGGAACGGAUCACAUCGUGCAUCUGGAGAGGAACCGCCUGCUGAUGCCUGCAGACUUCACCGUCUUCACCUACAGCAAGAACGGAUCUGUCAUCACAUCCAGACCUUCAGUCCAGGACCACUGUCACUAUCGGGGCUUUGUUCAGGACAUGGAGGGCUCGUCCGUGGCUAUGAGCAUCUGCAACGGCCUCAGAGGAGUGAUGCAUCUCACCACCGACAGCUACGGCAUCGAGCCCUUAGACUCCGCCCCCGACCAGCAUCUGCUGUACCUCCUACGUGAUGUGACGUCACAGCCUCAGGGGUGUGGAACACAUCAGCAUGAGCCCAGCAAUGCCACUGGGCAUGUUCAGUCAGAACCAGUGGAAGUCCAUCACGGAGAGCACAGGAGGAUGAAGAGAGCGGUUCUCCAUAAAACUCACUAUGUGGAGCUGCUGCUGGUGGUCGACAACGACAGGUACAACUACAUGAACCAAAACCAGACCGCCGUGAGAGAGGAGAUGGUCCAGCUCGCUAACUUUGUGGACAGCAUUUACAUGCAACUGAAUGUUCGGGUGGUUCUGGUCGGUCUGGAAAUCUGGACUCACCAGAACCCAAUAAGCACUGAGGGAGAAGCUGGAGAAGUGCUGAGUCGCUUCACACAGUGGAGGGAGAAGGAGCUGGUUCCCCGCCGCCGCCAUGACUCCGCUCAGCUCAUCCUGAAGAAAAGCUUUGGUGGAACGGCGGGAAUGGCCUUCGUGUCCACGGUGUGCUCCAGGAGUCACGGAGGGGGCAUCAACGCGUUCACCACCAACAGAAUUCCCGCCUUCGCCUCCAUCGUGGCUCACGAGCUGGGUCACAACCUCGGGAUGAACCACGACGACGGCCGCACCUGCAGCUGCCCCGUGGACGCCUGCAUCAUGAACUCUGGGACCACAGGAUCCAGGAACUUCAGCAGCUGCAGCGCGGACGACUUCGAGAAGAUGAUCCUGAUGACGGGAGGGAUGUGCCUCAUGAACAUCCCCCGGCCUGAUGAGGCUUACAGCGCCCCCUUCUGUGGAAACGGGCUUGUUGAUGUCGGAGAGGAGUGUGACUGUGGGUCAGAAAAGGAGUGCGAGGAAGACCAAUGCUGUGAAUUUAAGACCUGCAAGCUGAAGUCCUGGGCUCAGUGUGCAUACGGGGAGUGCUGCUACAACUGUCGGUUCCUGCCAGGUGGAACAGUGUGCCGCAGCAGUGAGGACGAGUGCGACCUGCCCGAGUACUGCAACGGCUCCUCCCCCAUCUGUCAGAGCGACGUCUUCAUCCAGGACGGACAGCCGUGCAGGAACCAGAAGGCCUACUGUUACAACGGGAAGUGUCAGUACCACGACAAGCAGUGUCAGGCUUUAUUUGGAGUCAAGGCGACAGCAGCUCCUGAAAUCUGCUUCAAGGAAGUCAACAGUAAAGGAGAUCGCUUUGGGAACUGUGGCUACCAGAACUUUCCCUUCAAGAAGUGUGAGAGCAGGAACGCCCUGUGCGGGAAGCUGCAGUGCUCCAACGUUCAGGGGGUCACGGUUUUUGGCAAAGUGCCGUCUUACAUCACCACCCGGAUCGGUGGAGCCGAAUGCUACGGGGUGGACUUCAAUCUGGGGUCGGACGUCCCCGACCCGGGGAUGGUGAACGAGGGGACCAAGUGUGGAGACAAUAAGGUGUGCAUGAACUUUGAGUGCCGCUCCGCUGACGUCCUGAAGAGCGACUGCGACACGGAGACAAAGUGCCACGGACACGGGGUGUGCAACAGCAACAGGAACUGUCACUGCGAGAGCGGCUGGGCCCCGCCGUUCUGCGAGCUCUCGGGAUACGGCGGCAGCGUGGACAGUGGACCCACGUGGAACGACAAAGACACGUCUCUCAGGGACGGCCUGCUGGUCUUCUUCUUCCUCGUUCUUCCCCUGCUCGGCUUGGGCGCGUUUGUUUUCCUGCGCAGGAACGAGCUGCUGCGCCGGCUGGGGCUGAGCCGCAGGAAGAGGUCGCAGGGAUUCGAGCCUGACGCUGCAGCUUCAGCCCGCCAGAGCAGAGAGCCCCCUCCCAGAGCUCCGCCUCCAGCCAUUCUACGUGGAAACGCCAACGGCAGAGAUGGGCAUCACGCUCAGCUGCUGCCUCCACCGGAGGUGGUGGAGCCCAACAGGACGGCCCCGCCCUACAGCGUACGACCCCCGCCCCCGCCCCUGAAACCCAAACCUUCUGCUGCAUCACAGCCUCUGGUGCCUCAAAGACCCGCCCCCGCUCCACCUGUCUAACCGGUCAGGAGAUCCCCAACGACACCUGGAUGACACCACUGUCCCCGUCCCUCCUCAUCUCUGCCCUUUAAUUUAACCUCACCGGAGCUGGUUACCUAGCAACUAACAGGAAGGGAUUUGGCACCCUGAGGGGUGCGGGAGCUGGACUGUAGGAGGGCCUGCAGAUCCAGGAAUCGGGGCUCCUGUGGGGACCAGCAGCAUCACAGCAGCUCUGCUGAUGAGACUCUGCUGCUGUCUGCUGAGCGGAGACUAACGCCGCGCUCCAUCAUCACCCCGCCUGCUGGUCGCACGGAACCAGUCCAAACCCUGCCCUUCAACGCUACCAAACCAGCCAAUCAGACUGUAGAAGACUAAGAAAAAACUCUUCAGCCAAUCAGAAACGUUUGAUCAGGUAUGGAUCAGGUUGGGAAUUUAGUGAGCUAGUCAAGCAGUUGUGUUUUUCUGAUGCUGGAGGGCAAUGACAGAAACAGAGAGUUUAAAAGCGUCAAAAAGAAAUGUCAGGAACUUGUUACAUUUUUACAGUUUUUUUAAAUGCUAAAUAUCUAAAAUUAUAAUCUAAAAGUUCGCAACAUCGCUUCUUAAAGAGUCUAGAAUUCAUCUUUUGCUUUCUCAAAUGUCAAAUCUUUACUCUUUAAGAUCCGCCCCUUAUGUCCUGUUUCUCUGAUUGGUCGGUCUGUCAAAAGUUAAGACGACUGAGGAUCUCUGGGUCUGAACUCUUUAGCAAGAAUCCUCUGGUUUUCUAAAGACAAGUUAAACAUACUUUCACAGUUUUGAACUGAAGGUCUGGACGUGAAAACAGAUGAAUUUUCAGUGCAGACCUCUGAGAGCCGGAGCGACCGGCUGCUGAGCUCCAUCCUGGCUCCUUCUGCUCGUGUUUACGUGAACAUUUAGCUUCAAAAAGGUCAAACCUGUCAGGAAAAGAAUGAACGGAGGUGUUGCAGUGAAACGAUUAGAAGGGUCAGUAAAUAAAAAGGUUUCCAUUAGAAACAAAUUCAGCCGUCUGAUUGGCCGCCUUCUUUCAUAAACAUUUAUUUGAUCACAUGCUGAAUUCCCUCCAUCCAGUAAAAACCUUAAUUAGGUUUAAAAGAAAAGCUCUUCUCUGAUUGGCUGGUUAGCAGAUGCGGGGGGUGGGGCUUGCACCUGCUCCCUUUUUUUAAUGAAAGCACUGCUGCUCAGUGCUGCCAUAGGAAUGUAACCCCCCACCCCACCCAAGCGACCGUUGGAGAGUGCGCUUGGUCUGCCCCACCUGGCCCUCCGAGCUCCCUCCUCCCAGAAUUGUAACCAGAAUUUAUGCAAUGGUGUCUCAGACGUACAUUCACUCUCACCGCAGAGGAGAUCUGUCUUAAAGCUACAGCACUGUUACGACCGCUCACAUCCGAGUCCAACCAGGGAUCUCCGUCCAGCAGCCGCUUGGUGGCGGCCCCCGCCAGCUGCACGGCGACGGCUGCUUCUGGAUCUGCACUGACUUCUGUGUGAAAGAGUUGCCGCUUUUCAGGGUGUGAGUGAACACUGUCAGCGUGAACGUUUCUUUGAUCCCCUUCAUGCAAAAGCCGAGCUGGAAGCUCCUGCAGCGUCGGGCCACAUCAGAAGAGCGUUCAGGAGGACUAAAAACCAGUAAAUCCUGGAGCUCCAUUCAUCAUCGAGACUCCAUAUGUAUCCAUCCACCACAGGAAGUAGAUCCCAACAAAAAACGUUUCCCACAUUAUUUUCAAAACCAAAUUAACCAAAUCAAGCAAAUUGACCGUCAACUACUAUAUUUGUUUUCCAGAGCUGAAAUGUUUUAUGAUUAAUGUACAUUCAUCUUAUUUUGUUAAUCCUCCUCAUUUCAACUAAUUAAAAUGAUCUGAAGACACAAUGACAAUCAUAGCUGUAGAAUAUUCAAAGAAUGUUUAUUGAUAUGCUCACAAAAACAUUUAUUUAAAGGUGCAAAAGUUCUGAUAUUGGCCCCAGAUGCACUCCUAAAAAAUAAAAUGAAAAUGAAACACAAGAAAAGUUUGCUAUUCUCGCCUAAAAACAAGAAAAUCUUAACUUGCAGAAGUGCAAAAAAAGGAAAUAGGAGAAGCUUCAAAAUUCACAUUGUUAAACCAACUUCAACAAGGUGCAUUUCAACUCAAUGAUAAAUAACUGUUGAAUUAUCAGAUGUACACUGUAAAAUGAUUUCAUGAUUAAAACCUGCACAGAUCUUCUACACUUCUA